AUGGUAAUUGCAGUGACUGUACAAGACAGUGGAGUACCCACAUUGUCUGCUUCUACCACAGUCACCAUCACUGUGGUUAGAAAUACAGUUCCAUUUUUCCCAGCUCCUAAAUCCAAGACGGUCAACAUCCUCAACAGUCACCAGAUUAAUACAGAAGUCACCACCUACACAGCCACAGACAAUGAUAAUGAGCCUCAGUUUAACCAGGUGACAUACUCAAUGGUAACAGAUACUACUAGUGGUUCCUUGUUCAGACUGGACUCUAACAGUGGACGGAUUACGUUGAUCAGUUCUCUUACAGCUGAUGAUGCUUCUCAAUAUUCACUGAUCAUAGUAGCAAGAGACAAUGGAGGUUUAUCUGAUACUGGGACAGUUGUUGUCAAUGUGAACCGCAAUAAUUUUGACCCACAGUGGCUUCCAAUUGGUGGACCCUACAGUGCCGCAAUCAGUGUUACUGAAAAUAGACCUGUCCUAGAAACUGUUUACACCCUAUCAACUCAAGAUUUGGAUAUUCAGGAACCGGGUAACACUAGAGUCUACACCAUUUUAUCAACUGCUAGUGCUUCCCUGCAUUUCCAAGUCACAGGUCAAGGACAAGUCCAAAUCAUUCGUUCUCUGGCCAUUGAUCGGUCUGUCAAUCAGUAUGUGCUGACCAUCCAGCUAAGAGAUGGUGGAAAUAGAGUAGCCGCACAGCAGUUUACCCUGACAAUAAACAUCAUCAGAAACUCUAAUCCUCCAGUAUUCUUUGACACUUCAUAUUACAAAGAAAUUGAAGAGACUUUAACCGUAGGCUCCAGUAUUCUACAAGUACAGGCCAGUGAUCAGGAUCCUGAACUACAGUUCAGAACAAUUUCCUACACACUGUUGGCUAAUACUGCUGGAAAUAACCUGUUUUCUAUGGAACCAGGGACUGGUAUUAUUAGAGUGAAGAGUGCCCUGACUAGUGACCCAACUGUUACAUUUAAUAUGGUAGCAGUUGCUACAGAUGGCGGUAGUCCUUCCCAGUCAGCAAAUGCAAUGGUUACAAUUAAAGUAAACAGGAACCGCAACACCCCAGUGUGGAAUACACUGAAUUAUCAGGCAACCAUCUUGGAAACACAGGCAGUGGAUGCACCCUUAACUCUUAGUCCAGGUGCACUUACAGCCACAGACAGUGAUGCCCAGCCACCCAAUAACCAAGUCAACUACCGCUUGAAAGCUGUUGUUGCCAGAUCAGGAUCUACAACAUAUCCAAGUGAACAGGGCAACUUUGCUGUCAGUAGCAGUGGACAGGUGACAGUUAGGAGUCCAUUAAAUGGACUUACUGCCACAACUUAUGAGUUGCUAGUAGAAGCAUAUGAUUUGGGAGAUCCAUCCAGGAUUAGCACAAGCAAUGCCACAGUCACUGUUGAUGUACAGCGAAACAGAGCACCAUCUUUCCCCUCAUCUUCUUAUGCCUUUACCAUGAGGGAAGAUGCUACAGUCACUCCUCAAACCAUAAUUGGACAGGUUUCUGCAACUGAUCCUGAUACUGGAAUCCCUCAGUUCAAUACACUGUCAUAUGCCAUCGAAUCUUUGGGAGUGGGAUCACCCACUAUAUAUUUUAACAUAGACUCCACUGGCCGCAUCACAUUAAGGAAUCUUGUAGGAGGAAUAUCUCAGUCAGAAUUCCGGUUUUUGGUACGAGUUUCAGACAAUGGAGUUCCGUCCUUGUCUGAUGAGGCGGUAGUUACCAUAACAAUAAACAGGAAUCUGUGGGCUCCAGCUUUUAGUCCUCUAAAUUAUGCUGUCACCAUUCAAGAAAAUCUUCCAGCAGGAUCCGAAACAGGUGUCACAGUGUCAGCAACAGAUCAAGAUAUAAAUCCACCAAACAAUCAGAUUGAGUUUUCUGCUAUUGGGGACCAGACGGCUGUGCAGUACUUUGAUGUUGAAGCAACCUCUGGGAAAGUUUUGGUGAAACAACCAUUAUACACUGCAACAGCUACUCAGUACCAGCUGAAUGUCAGGGUAUCUGAUAAGGCAGAAAAUCCACUGAUUUCCCAACAAACUGCUACAGUAACUAUCACUGUGGAACGAAAUCUCUUUGCACCAGUGUUCCAGAAUCUGCCUAGUAUCCAGUCCCUUCCUCGGACCUCUGGAGUAGGCUUUAAUGUGUUCACUGCUUUUGCCAAUGACAGUGAUACAAAGUCUCCAUUCAAUGUUGUCUCAUACUCCCUGGUGUCUGGAACCAAUGAAUUUUCCAUCAACCCAACAACUGGUGUUGUAACCCUACAGACAAAUUCACUCUCUCAGGCUGAGUAUGUGUUGACAGUGGAGGCCAGAGAUGGAGCAAAUAUCCCCAGGAGGACCUACUCCUUGCUGACACUAAAAGUGGACAGUAAUUUGGCCAAACCAAUCUGGGUGAGACCUGGCGCUGGUGAUUCAUAUGCAGCUCAAGUGACAAUUCAGGAGACUCAGGACUACGUCACUUCAGUGUAUGACUUCCAAGCAAGUGAUGCAGACAAUGUGAGCCCUUACAAUACUGUAAGAUAUGUGGUGGAGGGUGAAGGAAAUGCUCCAAGUUUCUUCACUGUGGCUGAUAAUGGACAAACUUUCCUGAAAACUUCUUUACUGCAACGAACAGAAACACAGUUUGUGCUGUUGGUAAGAGCAGAAGAUGGUGGUAAUCCCCCACGGCAAGCAGACAACAAAGUCAGACUGACCAUCAAUAUUAUAAGGAACAACAACGCUCCACAGUGGCAAAACCCCAUGACAUCAGCUCUGAUCUCUCAACAAGCUGCAGUUGGACAGGCUGUUGGAACCUCUCUGUUGGCAAUAGAUUCUGACGUCACUUUCAAUGUUGUAAGAUACGAGAUCAUUGGGGACGGUAAUGCUGGAGCUUUCUUCACCAUUCCUAACCCAAGUGUUGGGCAAAUCACAGUAGCAAAUUCCUUGGCCUCGUCAUCGGACCUUAUAUAUUAUAUCCGUGUGCGAGCUUAUGACAAUGGGGUUCCAGCAAAAGACAAUGUCACUGUUGUGACUGUGACAGUGGAAAGGAACAACUUUGCACCAGAGAUCACCACCCCUAAUGUUGCUGAAAGAAUCCCUGAGACACAAGAUCUGGGAGUUACCAUUGCCACAGUGAGGGCUCAAGAUAGGGACACACAGGCUCCACACAACCAGAUCAGAUUCAGAUUGUUUGCUACACAGCCAGCUUCUGAUUAUUUUGAUCUGGAUAUUUUAACUGGAAACCUUUAUGUGAAGAGGGAACUUACAUUAGAUACAGCCACCAGAUAUCAGAUGCUUGUACAAGCUUAUGAUAUGGGGAGUCCCUCCAAAACCUCAGCAACUAAUGCCACAGUGACAAUAGAUGUGUACAGGAAUUCACAGACCCCAUUCUUUACUGGUGGACCAUUUAAUGCCAACAUUCCUGAGACCACUGUCGUUGGAACAUCAGUACUUCAAGUCAACUUCGGAGAUUCCGAUACAGAUGCUCCAUUUAACACUGUGACUGUGUCGGCCAUUGGAGAUGACAAAGCUCUGACUUAUUUCCGUCUAGAAAGUAAUGGACGUUUGGUUGUAAACAGUGAUUUAACUGCUGAUGCAGAUACUGAAUAUUUGAUGAGAAUUUUGGCCAGAGAUGGUGGCUCUCCCUCUAGAACAGCAACAACAGUUGCUACUAUAACAGUUCAGCGCAACAUCAAUAAUCCAGCCUUUGAAAGACAGUCUUACAAUGAAACCAUUCUAGAGACGAGACAGCUAGGGCUUUCAUUUUUGCAAGUGAAAGCUACAGAUAAUGAUCGAAGGGCCCCAUACAAUACAGUGCGAUACUCCAUUAGCUCUGAUGCUGGAAGUGCUCUUGGUGCUCAGUAUUUUAUGGUAGAUGAAGUCACAGGAAACAUAAGUCUUCGUCAGUCACCCAUGCUGGAUAAUGCAAGAACCGUGGAUUAUACAUUCAAUGUAAAUGCAGUGGACGGUGGUGGCCUUCAGGCAACACUCCCAGCCAGUGUAAGAGUGACGGUGAUUCGAAACACCAAUGCUCCAGUGUUCACCAAUCUACCCAGAGAAAGCCUGAUCAAUCACAAUACUUCAGUCGGAGCUACAGUCUACACAGCUGCUGCAACAGACCCUGACCCUGGUGUGUUUGGACAGCUAACAUACUCUCUAACAGGGGAUGGAGAUUCUCGUAGUGUAUUUGCCAUAAAUCCUAACUCAGGGGCAAUCACCCUGCAGCAGUCAGUUUUCCAAGGAACCACAACCCUGUACACGGUAAUACUUUAA